GUUUUAUCGCGCGGCAGGUAGAAAUCGGCGAUAGUUAACUCGCCAAACCCCUGUUCUCUAAGCGACUCGAGGCCGAUCGCAUGAAACGAGGUCAAUUGUAGAAUCUUGUACUCGAAAUUCAUUAUAAUCCCCUACUAUCCAAUGAUGAUAAUGACUACUACCUACUCAUCGAACUGCUGUCAAACGGUUGACGAUGAUCUCCAGCGAUAUAAAGAGCAUGCGUUAGCGAGGUUUGUGCCAGUAACUAGCUGCGUCUGACAGGGAAAACACGUUUGUACUGGAGACAUGGCUGGGACUGUCAAUCACGCGUUCGAGACCAACGAGUUAGACACACUGGAAGUUGGACGUAUGACAGGUGAAGCAGUAACAGAAGGCAAGGAAAGAAUACAAAAAUCAAGAGGUUAUUUACAAGGAGGAUGCGAUGCCUUUAGCAAUUUUCAGUCGAAACAUCGUUUAGCGUUCAAGAUCUUCUUUCUAUCUCUGCUGAAUGUUGUCAUAGUAAUUUAUUUCGUUUUCGCCACGCUAUAUUGGAUCAACAACAAUUACGAGAACAACAUCGAUUGGUGCAACGGUUACGGACUGCUGAUCCUCUUGUUAACGAUCGUUUAUGGCGGUAUUCUUUAUCAUUACUACGGAAAAAAAUUCCUUAAAUACUGUAGUCGACCAUGUAUCAACUUUAUCAGAAGUUUUCGCAAGACGAAACACGGCAGUUUCGUUAUCCAGACAGUGAUCUAUGUCUGUGUCUUUGUUGCUAUUAUUAUAUUUCUCAUUAUCGACACCGUUGACUCAAGGGAGAGAUUAAUGAGCGCAAUCGGAGUUGUUACCUUGCUCAGUUUUGGAUGGAUAUUCUCAAAACAUCCUGGUCAUAUCAAGUGGAGGCCAGUUUUAUGUGGAUUGAUACUGCAAUUUCUCUUUGGUCUUAUCUCAAUUCGAUGGCCAGUUGGUCGAUCAAUCUUUCAAUGCUUAGCUAGCAAAGUUGAAGCAUUCCUGGAUUUCGCCAAAAGCGGUGCAAGCUUCAUUUACUCCGACAAAUUAGUCGAUGACGGUGUCUUUGCUUUCACGGUACUGCCUGUGAUCUUUUACUUCAGCUUCUUUAUUCAAAUUUUUUACUAUUUAGGCGUUAUGCAAUGGAUAAUUUUCAGUUUAGGUAAAAUACUGCAAAGUAUUUUAGGAACUUCAAUCUGUGAGUCAGUAGCGUGUGCUGCAAACAUUUUUCUCGGAAUGACGGAAUCACCGUUAAUGAUAAAACCUUAUUUGAAUAAAUUAACUGCCUCGGAAUUACACACCAUUAUGUCUUCUGGUCUUUCUACUGUUUCAGGAACUGUUUUGGCUGCGUACAUUAAGUUUGGCGCAAAUCCUACUCAUCUGAUAACCUCCACUUUAAUGGCAGCACCAGCAGCUCUUUGUUACUCUAAAUUAUUUUAUCCAGAAACCGAAAAGGCCAUCGUCACCGCCGACAACGUUAGAUUAGAAAAAUCAAAAGACUCCAGUUUGUUAGACGCUGCAAGUAAAGGGGCUGUGAUUGCGAUUCCUCUGGUUUUUGGCAUAAUCGCUAACAUCGUUGCAUUCGUGUCAUUUAUCGCGUUAGUCAAUAGUCUUCUGUCUUGGACAGGAUCACUAGUUGGUUAUAAAGGAUUCACUUUCGAACUAAUCUUAUCGAAAGUAUUCAUACCACUGAGUUGGAUCAUGGGAGUGCCCUGGGACAAAUGUGAGGACGUAGCUACUUUAAUCGGUUUAAAGACUGUGGUCAAUGAGUUUGUCGCUUACGAAACUCUGGGAAAAUAUAAGAAACAAGGGCGAAUUUUCGGCAGAGCUGAGGCCAUAGCUACAUUUGCCAUCUGUGGAUUUGCGAAUCCUGGUUCUGUAGGAAUUACCAUGAGCAUGAUGACUACUCUAGCUCCUGACAAGAAAGAAAUUGUGGCCAGUACCGUUAUGAGAGCGUUUGUGGCUGGUAGCGCAACCACCUUUCUCACUGCCAGCAUUGCAGGAAUGUUGAUAUCCAAUGACUAUAACGAACAAGUAAUGAACGCAUUGCCAUUAAACACAACUGUCAGUUAACAAACUGUGCGUCAGUGAUUGCCAUUAAUUCAUCAUUUCGUAAGAUAAAUAAUUUUCUGUAAAUAUAGGUAGGGUAAAUAAGGAAGUCUACGUUUUUUUCGACAGACUUAUUUGAUAAUAUUGCACAGUACUACAUUAUAACAAAAAAUAUUAAAGUCGAUAAAUAACUAUCGGAGGCAUCGAUCGUCUGCAAAUUUGCGCAUCGAUCCGUGUAGAAAAGAUGAUUGAAACGGUAGUAUGAUGAACGAAGAAACGUUAGUGCAUUUUGUACGUUUUCGGUGAUCAUAAAUACAUCGUAAUAAGUAGUAAGUAAAGAAAUAUCAG